CUUGCUGGCAAAAGAUUCACUGUGCUGACCGACCAGCGCUCGGUUGCGUUCCUGUUCAGCAACCAACAGCGGGGCAAGAUCAAAAAUGAUAAGAUUUUGCGGUGGAGGAUAGAACUCUCCACCUACACCUAUGAUAUCCUGUACCGGCCUGGCAGACUCAAUGAGCCCCCUGAUGCCCUAUCCCGGGGAACAUGUGCUAGCACACAGCUCGACCAGCUGUACGCCCUUCAUGCACAACUUUGCCAUCCGGGGGUCACCCGAUUUUACCAUUUUGUGAAAGCUCGGAACCUGCCGUACUCCCUGGAGGACAUCAGGACGAUGACCAGGGACUGCCAAAUUUGUGCCGAGUGCAAACCGCACUUCUACUGUCCUGACACGGCACAACUUGUCAAGGCCACCCGCCCUUUUGAACGCCUGAGUGUUGACUUUAAGGGCCCCCUUCCCUCCACUGACCGCAAUGUCUAUUUUCUCAGUGUUAUUGACGAGUUCUCACGGUUCCCCUUUGCCAUCCCCUGCCCCGACACCACUGCCGCGUCCGUCAUAAAAGCCCUGCGCCAGCUCUUCACUCUGUUCGGGUAUCCCUGCUAUAUCCACAGCGAUAGAGGGUCCUCCUUUAUGAGUGAGGAGCUGCGUCAGUACUUGCUAGCUAGGGGCAUUGCUACCAGUCGGACCACGAGUUAUAAUCCCCGGGGUAAUGGCCAGGUAGAGCGGGAGAAUGCCACAGUGUGGAAGGUCACACUUUUAGCCCUUAAGUCCAAAGGGUUGCCGGUCUCUCGAUGGCAGGAGGUCCUCCCUGAGGCACUGCACUCUAUCCGCUCUCUGUUAUGUACGUCCACCAAUGCCACCCCUCACGAACGCCUAUUCUCUUUUCCCAGGAAGUCUGUCACUGGGACCACCCUACCAGUUUGGCUGACGUCCCCGGGGCCAGUGCUGCUCCGGAAACAUGUGAGGAGCAAUAAAUACUCCCCGCUGGUGGAGAGGGUUCACCUUCUCCAUGCGAACCCCCAGUAUGCUUACGUGGUCUUGCCUGAUGGGCGGGAGGACACGGUCUCCAUCCGCGACCUGGCACCCGCAGGUGCAGCAGACCACUACCCUGAAGGCUCUCCGGUAACUGUGAACCCUGUACCAGAGGUGACACCGUACUCACCAGGCCCUACACAGACUCCUCACGACACUUGUAUACCGGGCGUUUCGUACGCAUUUAUACCAGGCGCCUCGCACAUGCAUGAGGGAUCACUGGCGCCUAGUGGGCAAGAACACGCGCAACCCCCGUCCCCUGUGCAAUCGCCAAUGUUGCCGGCACCUAUGCGGUCACAGCCGGUGCUACGUAGAUCGCAGCGACAGAUUCGACCGCCUGAUCGGCUCGACUUGUAAGAACCUUCGCUACAUGAGGACUUUUUCAAACGAAGGGGGGGGUGAAUGUGGUGAACUAUGUGCCUGUCGGGACACGCCCCUGCUGACUGCUCCUGUGGCUCCUCCCACAGGCCCCUGUAUAAAGGAGACCUGCGGCCUGAAGAUCGGCCUCAGUCUCCAGGACCUUGUAUGAUAGACACUCACUCCUGGUUCCUUCUUCCAGUCAAUAAAAGCCGAUAUCUCGCCUACGUCUCAGUGUGAGUUAUUGAUGGUGCAUCACCCAACACCUUGGCUGACCCUGCACUAGGUUAACUUGAUGCUUAUUCAUCACUUCAACUGGAACAAAAUGGCUGCAGGCAACAAGAUGUGUUCAAGGUACCAUACAACAGUAAUCUGGCACCCUCAGCACUUCGGUGGUUUUGGGCUCAUGGAUUUUCCAGUACCGAUAAACGCAAUAAAGUUUGCAGAAGUUCGCAGGAGCAGCACAGACAAAAUGCCGGAGGAACUCAGCAGGUCAGGCAGUGUCUGCAAAUGAAUAAACAGUCAAAGCAUCAGGCAGAGUCCCUUCUUCAGUACUCAAGAUUUUCCAGAUGACUAAAUUUUACUCUGACUAAUGUUCCAUCAAACUUCUAAUUCACAUUUUGUUAGUUGUUACACAGUCAUUGAAAAAAGAUUCCAGUGAACCCGGUGAGGUUAAAUUGAGUGUAGGAAAAGUAACUUUAAAAUAUUUAAGUGGACCAUGAAACUUAACCCCUGUUAAUUUAAAAGUUGUGCGAACUGGGACCAAGUGAAUUUAAAGAGAGCUUGAGAACCAGGUAAGCCUGGCAUCAAACUACUGUGAUUUCUGAACAGUCAUGUAGCUGAUGAUCAGAGUUUUACUGUGCAGUAUUAUUCUUACUUUGUGAUCUAAUGCCUCCUGUUAGUUUUUUUUUUACCCUUCUCCAAAGCAGCAUUUAUUUUUUUAACUCAAAUAGUUUCCUUUAGGAUGAACUAGACAGAAAAAGUUUCAAAUUGUACCUGCCCAAAAUAAAUUAAUUAUUGUUCAGCCUAUCUCCAAAAGUUAAGCUGGGUUCUCCUUAGGAUCAUCGCCCAGCUGAGAUGACUGAUUCAAGUGGUGAUAUUGGAACACUGCCUAUUCUAUUUUUUGCUUGUUUUAAGGAAUUCUAAUCUGUUUAAUAUUUUAAUCAAAAUAAUUUGGUAAAGAAGUAACUUUGGAAAUUGCUUAGUAUAUUCUCUGUGAUGUACCAUAGAACCAUAGAACACUACAGCACAGUACAGGCCCUUCAGCCCUCCAUGUUGUGCCGACCCAUAGAAUCCUUAAAAAAUAGUAUUAAACCCACACUACCCCAUAACCCUCCAUUUUUCUUUCGUCCAUGUGCCUGUCCAAGAGGUUCUUAAAUACCCCUAAUGUUUUAGCCUCCACCACCAACCCUGGUAAGUCAUUCCAGGCACUCACAACCCUCUGUGUAAAAAAAACUUACCUCUGAUGUCUCCCCUAAACUUCCCUCCCUUAAUUUUGUCCAUAUGCCCUCUGGUGUUUGCUAUUGGUGCCCUGGGAAACAGGUACUGACUAACCACCCUGCCUUUGCCUCUCAUAAUCUUGUAGACCUCUAUCAAGCCCUCUCUCAUUCUUCUACACUCCAAAGAGAAAAGUCCCAGCUCUGCUAACCUUGCUUCAUAUGACUUGUUCUCCAAACCAGGCAACAUCCUGGUAAAUCUCCUCUGCACCCUCUCCAUAGCUUCCACAUCCUUCCUAUAAUGAGGUGACCAGAAUUGAACACAAUACUCUAAGUGCGGUCUCACCAGAGAUUUGUAGAGUUGCAACAUGACCUCUCUACUCUUGAACUCAAUCCCCCUGUUAAUGAAGCCUAGCAUCCCAUAGGCCUUCUUAACUACCCUAUCAACCUGUCCAGUGACCUUGAGAGAUGUAUGGGUUUGAACCCCAAGGUCCCUUUGUUCAUCCACACUCUUAAGUAACUGACCAUUAAUCCUGUACUCAGUCUUCUGGUUUGUCCUUCCAAAUGCAUCACCUCACACUUGUCCGGAUUGAACUCCAUCUGCCAUUUUUCUUCCCAACUCUGCAGCCUGUCUAUAUCCUCUUGUAACCUUCGACAACCUACUGCUCCAUCCACAACUCCUCCAGUCUUCACGUCUUCCACAAACUUACUCACCCAUCCUUCCACCUCUACAUCCAGGUCAUUUAUAAAAAUCACAAACAGCAGGGGUCCCAGGACAGAUCCCUGCGGCACUCCAUUAGUCACCGACCUCCAGGCAGAAUACUUUCCUUCCACAACUACCCUCUGCUUUCUUCCUUUAAAGCCAAUUUUUUAUCCAAACAGCCAAGGUUCCACUUAUGCCAUGCCUCGUGACUUUCUGGAUGAGUCUCUCAUGAGGAACCUUGUCAAAUGCUUUGCAUCCACUGCCCUACCCUCCUCAAUUUCUUUUGUUACCUCUUCAAAAAACUCCAUCAGGCUCGUGAGGCACGAUCUUCCCUUCACAAAGCCAUGUUGACUAUCCAUGAGUAGACUGUACUCCAAAUGCUUGUAGAUCCUAUCCUUAAGAAUCCUUUCCAAUAGUUUGCAGACCACCGACAUAAGGCUCACUGGUCUAUCGUUCCCGGGUUUCUCCCUAUUACCUUUUUUAUACUAGGGAACUACAUUUGCCAUUCUCCAGUCCUCCGGCACUUCCCCUGUAGCCAAAGAGGAUUCAAAGAUCAUGGCUAAUGCUCCUGCGAUCUCUUCUCUCAAUUCCCACAACAACCUGGGGUGUAUCAUAUCCGGCCCCGGGGAUUUAUCAAUCUUAAUGUUUUUAAGAAGAUCCAGCACUUCUUCUUCCUUAAUCUCCACAUUGUCCAGCACACAGGCCCACUCAACUUCGACCUCACCCUGAUCAAGAUCCUCUUCACUUGUGAAUACCAAAGCAAAGUAUUAAUUUAGGACCUCCCCAACCUCCUCCGCCUGCAGGCACAUGUUGCCCUCUUUAUCCUUUAGCGGUCCCACCUUUGUUCUCAUCAUCCUCCUAUUCUUCACAUACGCAUAGAAUGCCCUUAAUCCUUCAUGCAAAGGCCUUCUCAUGCCCCCUUUGAGCUCUCCUAAGUCCUUUCUUUAGCUCCUUCCUGGCUACCCUACAUUUCUCAUGAGCCCCUCCUACUUCCUGCUUCUUAUAUCUAACAUAUGCUUCCUUUUCCCUCUUGUAACUUAUUUUGAAUUACAUUUGCCUUCCUUUCAUAUUAACUAUCACCUACUUAUGCAUCCUCCAAGUCUAGAUAGGUGUAAGCAUCACUUCACUAAGUUAAGGAAUGGUUGCAGGAAUUGCAUUCAUGAAAAAAAAGCAACCCCAACUUGCAUAGAAUUAAAAUGGGGCAGGUCUUCUACUGCGAAGAUCAUGGGUUGCCUGCUGCUUUUGACAGCAUGGUCUAUACCAUGCUUUCAUCUGGGAGGCUGACUCCAAGCUCUGUAAUGUAACUGGAAGUGCAGCACAGUCCCUGGUCUCAUAGGAGACCUUCGAAUCCAAUGAGGACCUAUUCAGAGGCACAUCGCCUGUCAGCAUUGCUGCUCCAAACAACAACCUUUCCAAUGGCCACUAUUAGCAUUAAAAUAAUAUAUAAAAAACAAAAUCAAUCACAAUAAUUGAAAACAAUUAGGUACAUUUAAACUGAAUUAAAUCAGUCAAGCAGGAUUCUCUCACAUUAAAUGAAUAGACUUUUCUCAAAUUGAUUUCCCGACCUGAGACCUUGGAAGUCUGACUCAGUGAAUUCUGGAGUUAACUCCCUGAAGCUGCACAGGGGCAGAUGACAGCACAGGCAGUGUUGCAAUAGAUGCCAAGUUUAAGCAAAUGCCAGUGCUAAACUUCAGGGACAAUGACAAAACCCUACAGUAUCCAGCAGAGGUGCUGGUACACAGGGUGAUGAUCUAUCCCUUUGCCUACAACGUGGAAGCAAAAUGUUUGCUGCAUCUGAUCACUGGCUGGAUUUAUCUUUCGUGUUUGUCUGCUGCUCUUCCAACUCCAUCAACAUCGAGCAUUUCAUCCAGGGCAAUCUGAAUCUCCGUUUCCUGCAUGAUGGGUGGGAAUUAAUUACUACUGAGGAAACUUAUAAGCAGAAAUCCAGAAAAGCUGUAAAAAAUUAGCAGGAACGAUGAACAACCGACAUCAUGGAACAUUACCAAGACAGAGGAGACAAUUAACUCUGAUUCUUUCAGUUUGCCAGAAGGAGAAAAUUUCAUUUUGUAGCAAUACCGUUCAUCUUUACCUUAAUAGAUGGAAUUUCCCACAAAGAACUUCUCCAACAAGUACCCUCACCCAGAAUCACACAAACUCCUUCUCAGUGGUUGUCCAUGGUUCUGUUUCCAAUACACUCUCAUUUCAGAUACUAUUUAAUGCUCCAGGUGCACUAGGGAGUCCAAGUGCAUGAUUGUCAAAGGCUAAUCAGCAGAUGUUGGCAUAAAGUCUGCUGAAGGCCACACUUGUUUUGUCGAUCUUGGCAUUUACUGCACUAUCAGUGAUGAUAUUCUGGGACAGUGUG